GAAGAACGAAAGAAAGAAAAAGAACAAAAUAAAAGAGGAAUGAAAGAAAGACAAAAAGAAAAAAAGAAAAACGAAAGAAAAAACACGAAAGAAAAAGAAAAAAAGAGGAACAAAAGAAAAGCACAAGAGAAAAAGAGCAAAAAAGAACAAAAGAAAAUCAGCAAAAAAAAACAAAAUGAAGCGAAAGAAAAAAGAAACAAAAAGUGA